GACUAUUCUAUCAUUUUCUCUACACCUAUAUUCUGACGUAGCCGGAUUCUUUAACUGUAAAGUGUUAACCCCAUUGCAAACUCGCAGCUGCAUUACCCGAAUAGGACUAGACCCUUGUGUCUGCCUGGAGGCCAGCAGGCAGCAGCGGCGUUAGUGCCUGAAUCGACAGGCAUCCAGGGUCUUGACUAGUUGCACUCUCGAGCUUAAAAGGCUCGUAUUUCCUUCCUUUGAUAUCUUCUUUUUAUAUUAGUUUUUACGCUCAAUUGGCUAUAUCCCAUGCUAUCCCCUCUGUUUUACUACCUCAUCAUCUUCAUACCCAUCAAUUGACCCAUCAUCCUGAUAUACUCCCCCAAUAUACUGAUACCACCGAUAACCACCACAUCACUGACUACUGUCACAAUGGCACCGCGAACCUUCAAAAAGGCCAUCAUCGCCGUGAGUGGCACAUUUACCGGCUACAAGCAGGCCGACCUGAAGGCCCUGGUGGAAGGUCAGGGCGCAACGUUCAGUAGCAGUGUAUCGCAGGACUGUACACAUUUAGUUACGACGGAGAAGGAUGUUGAGAAGGGGAGUGCUAAGUUCAAGACUGCUUGUGGGAUUAGUAUUUGCGAGAUUGUGAAUCUGGCUUGGUUGUUGGAGUCAAUUGAGGCAAAGAAGCCGCUUCCGGUGAAGGGUUAUUUGUUUACGAGUGAUUCGAGUUCUCCGGUCCUGCAGGGUAAUGGGGAUGCCACUGCUGUUAAGGAGGAGAAGGAAGUUAAGAAAGAAAAGGGCGGCGCGAAGAAGCGGACUCAUGAGGACGCAAUUGGCACUAACGAAGCUGCCAAUGGAGAGGACGGGGAUGAAUCGAAGAAGAUGAAGGACUCGCAAAAGGCGUCGUCCAAGAAGCUUGUUGUUCCUCUUGAUGACGGCUGUACCUUGGGGGGAUACUCCGUUCAUAUCGACGAUUCAGGUCUGAUUUGGGACGCAACUCUGAACCAGACCAAUGCCGGCCAGAACAACAACAAAUUCUACCGCAUCCAGCUUCUCGUGAGCCCCAGCUCCGACUACAGAACGUGGACUCGUUGGGGCCGCGUCGGAGAGCCAGGUCAAUCGACUGUUCUGGGAAGUGGCAGUCUCGACCAAGCUAUGAAAGAGUUUGGGAAGAAAUUCAAGGACAAGACCGGUUUGACCUGGGAGAAUCGGUUGGACACUCCUAAGGAUAAAAAGUACGCCUUCCUUGAGCGUAACUACGAAGACUCGGACGAUGAGGAUGAUGGUGAAGACCAGGCUAUCAAGAGGGAAGAGAGAGAAGAGACGCCCGUGGAAAGUGCUCUACCCCAGUCGAUCCAGAACCUCAUGACCUUUAUAUUCAACCAGCAGCACUUCGUCUCCGCCAUGGAGGCCCUGUCUUACGACGUCAAGAAAAUGCCAUUGGGAAAGUUGAGCAAGCGGACGCUCCACGAUGGAUACCGGAUCUUGAAAGAUCUGUCGGAUCUUCUGGCCAACCCUAGUCUAGCCAAUUCGAAAUACGGAAGGACUGUUCCGGCUGCCGCGGAGGAUCUUAGCAAUCGGUACUUUACGACAAUUCCUCAUGUGUUUGGUCGUAAUCGACCACCGGUCUUGUUUCAUGACAAGUUGAUCAAGAAGGAGGUUGAACUACUGGAGGCAUUGACGGACAUGGGCGUUACGAAUGCGAUCAUGAAGGAAUCCAAAGAUGUUGAGAGGGAGAGGAUUCAUCAGCUGGAUCUCCAGUUUAAUGGCCUGGGAAUGGAAGAGAUGACUCCAGUCGAACCCAAUACGGCCGAGUUCAUUGAACUCGAGCAAUACCUCAACUAUUCACGCGGAGCAACCCAUAACAUGAGCUACAAUGUAAUCAACAUCUUCCGCAUCGAGCGUCCCGGCGAAACCGACCGCUUCUCAAAGUCCUACGGUGCCAUUCAGAACCCCAACCGUCGUCUUCUCUGGCACGGGUCCCGCAGUACCAAUUUUGGUGGUAUCCUCAGCCAAGGUCUGCGCAUCGCACCUCCUGAAGCCCCCGUCAACGGCUACAUGUUUGGCAAGGGCGUCUACUUUGCCGAUAUGUCAUCCAAGUCCGCCAACUACUGCUGUCCCUACAACUCUGGUAACAUGGGUCUGCUGAUGCUGUGCGACGUGGAGCUGGGAGAUCCCAUGUACGAGCAAGAAUAUGCCAACUGCAAUGCUGCCGAGGACUCGAAGAAGGAAGGCAAACUUGCGACACUUGGACGUGGACGCAGUAUUCCGGCCGGUUGGAAAGAUGCUGGAUCCGUGCAUGAGAGUCUCAAGGGGGUGAUGAUGCCGGACGUGGGCAUGGGGUCGAAGAAUGAACAAAAGGGGUGUUCGUUGAUGUACAAUGAGUACAUCGUGUAUGACAUUGCGCAGAUUCGACAGCGGUAUUUGUUCUAUAUUAACAUGCGCUAGCCUCUUCCUGUUGCUUUUGUUUUUGCCUCUUAGCACGUUGGCGUUCAGGAUCUGUCGAUCGGGUAGGCUAGACGGUUGUACCAUAUGUACGAUAAUUUACGAGUAAUGCAACAGCUCUUAUGCUCUCUUACUGUGCCUGAACAUCUAAUGGCGCAAUAGGCAC